UGCUUUUUCCUGGCCACUUCAUGUCAGCAAUACUAUGGGUAUUCGCCCCGCCCCCAUAUCCCAGUUAGCAUUGUCCCUCCCCCAAAGAAAACGAUAAAGGACCCAACCCCUCCUCACUUACUUGUCUUUUUUGCUUAGUCUUCAUUCUAGUUAGCAUGGGACAUCUUGGCGGCAGUUUUUGAUCAGAUCCAACUCUUCAGAAAGGUUGGCGAUUUCUGAGGGCUAUUCAUUCAGUGAAACUGUCGCAUGAAGCCCCCUCAGCAGGAAUCCAAUUCCUUAUUACAGGCUGCUCCAGCACACCAGGAGGGACUGAAGUGUACUGGUGAUCUCACAGCCUCAGUUACAGCUGCCCUUGUUGCUUGGUAUGUCCCUCUUAGUUUUCUCUUAGCAGUGUUUUUUUUUUAACACUUUCAUUUUCAAUUGGUUUUUUUUUUUUUUUUUUUGUUGUUGUUGUCUCUUCAGCUUGCCUUAUGGAGUCCUUACAGAGGAAAAGAAGGAAGCUUGGCUCUUCUUCUCAAGUUUGUGCAGGCUGCUUUGACGCUCCUUUGCCGGGGAAGAAAUUUUGUAAAUCAUGCUUUGGCCUUCUACUACAGGAUACGCCUGUUAGUGAAAUCCCUUCAGGCCAAGGGGCUUCAGUGUCCAGGGAGGAGUCUGACUCCUCUGAUUUCUCAGGAGAGGAAAGUCUAGAACCGAUGUCGGAGUUGUUUUCUGAGGAGGAAGAAGAGGAGACGGAAUCUUCAUCAUUUGAUUUGACCUUAAUCCCUCCGUUAAUUAAAGCAAUAAAAUUAAUCUUGGGAGUAGAAGAGGAAGCGGACGCCCAGAAGUCUAAGGUGCUCCCAUCUUCUUCAAAGCCAAAACAAUUUUUUCCUCUUUUUCCGGAAGUGGCAGAAUUAAUCUCGGCAGAAUGGGGAAAAGCAGCUAAAAAGGUCUCUUUUGCGUCUAUGACUACGAGAUUUGCAAAAUUAUAUCCAUUUAAAGAACAGGAUACCAAGAACUGGGAUACAGCCCCAGCAGUGGAUUCACCUGUGAUUCAUUUGGCAAAGAAGACAAUUUUGCCAAUUGAUGAUUCGUCAGUACUAAGAGAUCCCAUGGAUAAAAGAGUGGAGACGGAGCUUCGUAAGGCAUAUCAAGUGGCAGGAGCCUCAUGUAAGCCGGCAGUAGCUCUGGUUUCAGUGGCAAAGGCAGUCUCCUUGUGGAUCGACAGUUUGGAUAAAGCGAUUGCUGAAGGUACGGAUACAGCUGACAUUAGUGCUGGAUUAUCAGAAUUAAAGAUGGCAGUGGCAUUUAUGUCGGAAGCAGCAGUGGAUUUGACGCGGUUGGCUUCCAGGUCGAUGGCUGUGUCAGUGUCGGCAAGAAGAGCAUUGUGGCUCAGAUCUUGGGGUGCAGAUGCGGCUUCUAAGCUAAGUCUCUGUAACCUACCUUAUGUUGGGGAAAAUCUUUUUGGUCCUAAAUUACAAGAGGUCAUAGAAAAAGCGACAGGUGGGAAGAGUACUUUCCUGCCGCAAGAAAGGAAAAAAUUGAAGGCUCAACCCUUUAAAGGUUUUUUUUUUCGAGGCUCAGGAAGAGCUAGAGGUUAUGCCAGUAACUAUAGAUACUUUGGCAGAGGCAGUUCAAGACAGUCGUCUUGGAGAGGGGGUCACUCCGCAGUUAUCAGGGGGAACAGAAUCAAACUGUCCCCAACUUCUAAAAAAUCCUCCUGACGAUCAUGGAGUAAUGGAUGCUCGAGUAGGGGCAAGUCUUUCAAGGUUUUACGAGGUCUGGAAGCAGUCAAUUUCAGACCAGUGGGUACUGGACUUAUUGAAAAGAGGUUACCGCAUAGAAUUUUUGUCGGUUCCAACUCUGAAUUUUUUUUUGGUUUCC